AUGAGCAAUGAUGGCCUGGGAUCCUGGUCCACUUUGGAUGCUUCAGGGGAUGAUAUUGAAGCAGAAAAUGGAACUGACCUCCUAACCCCCCAGGAUGAUUUUUCUCAUGGAUAUCCUAUAGCAGACAUUCUUAUCUCCAUCUUCAUUUUACUUAUUAGCAUUUUUGGACUUAUGGGGAAUGGAACAGUCGUCUGCUUUCUUGGCUUUUCCAUGAAGAGGAAUCCCUUCACCACCUUCAUCCUCCAUCUGGCUGCUGCUGACCUUGGGACACUCAUAUGCUUAUUUUCUUUUUCCAUUAUAAAUCUUCUGGAGUCAAUUUCAUUCUUACCUUUCUAUGAUUAUUAUUUGUUAAUAUCAAUAGGCAUCUUUCCUUUGUUGUUCAUGUACAACACUGGUCAAUAUCUGUUGACAGCCAUUAGCAUGGACAGGUGUGUUUCUGUCCUCUUCCCCCUUUGGCAUCGAUGCCACCGACCACCACACUUUUCCACCCUUGUGUGUGCCACAAUAUGGAUCAUUUCUUUCCUGCUCAGUGCAAUCGACUUGAGUCUUUCUAUUUCUAAAAUUACAGUGGAUCUCAUUUUCUACCAGCUUCUAAUGAAUGCUAUACUUUGCCUCCCACUCAUGACUCUUUCCACUCUGGUCCUGUUUAUAAAAGUUUACUUUAGAUCACAACAGAGGAAGAAGGGGAAAGCUGUAAUAGCCAUCCUACUUGCCCUCCUCUUCUUCCUCUUCUUAGCUUUCCCAUUUACUUGCAUUUUAUUAAUCCAUUUUGCCGAUCAUGGUGAAAACAAUACUGUAAAGUUUCUUGGGCUCUUAUGCAGCUGCCUAAACAGCAGUGUUAACCCACUGAUUUAUUUCCUGGUUGGAAGAAAGAAACACAGUCGGUCAAGGGAGACCUUGAAGGUCAUAUUCCAGAGGGUUUUCAAGGAGGAGGAACAUGGAAGGGAGGAGGUAGAACUCAGUGUUAGCCUGCAGAUAUGA